AUGGCUAGUGAAGGUGUGCCCGCGCAAAACCCCCUGUUGGCUCCAGCCGCCCAAUCCACUCAGCCAGUUCACAGUGUCGAGCAUCCGGCAAAGCCAGAUAGCGAGGCCGUGACAGAGGAUCGAGCAAAUGCGAAAACCAAUCAUGCAGAGGCUCCUAAUCCCCAGCCGCCGCAUGCUCCACCCACAGAACCCCCUCUCGAUGGACCCGUUGCAUCCUCAGAGCCGGAAGCUCCAGUAGCAGCUCAGGUAGAGUCCAAGAAGGCAGAAGAGCCAAAUACGGAGACAGUCGAAAAGGAAACGCCCCAAACUGGUGAGAAGCGCGACCUUGACUCUACUACAGCUCCAGCUCCAGCUCCAGUCACCGAAGACAAGGAUAACGCUGCUCCUCCUGCUGAAAAGACAGAAGAGCCCGAGCCCAAGAAACAAAAGCUAGAGACAGAACAGGAACCUGUCAAAGAACCUGUCAAGGAGCCCGAGGCCCCAGCCCCAGCCUCAGCUACCACCGAUGGUGCCAACGGAGAUUCCAAUGGAGAUUCCAAGAAAGCCGGCCGUUCCAAGAAGGAGAAAGUGAAAGAGGUCAUCAAAAAGGCGGUCCCGACUGAGGGAGUUGGUAGUCGCACUCGCAGCCGAACCAAGGGUGCCUAA